AACCAGAUGUGAUUACCUUAUUGGAUGAAGAAGGGAAGGAACCCGGGAUGGUUGUAAGGGAAGGGACAAGAAGAUACUGCCCUGAUACUUCGUUAUAAGCAACAGAAAAUGGACUAAGACAAGCGUAAAGUGCAUAGACUUAAAUAGGGCCAGCAGGACUAGCCUUUGUGAAGAAGUGAUUUUGAUUUGAGGCUGAGAAUGAAAACCAGCCAACCAUGCAGUGUCAGAGGAUUCCUCAAAGAAGGAGCAGCCUGUGAAGAGUCCUAUUUAUUUGGAACAGUUGUGGGGCAUUUUGUGCGUUGAAAGAGGCCCAGUAUGCUAUGGACAGAGAGAAUAAAUGGGAGAAGAGAUUUGUUGACAAGCAGCAGCUUUAUUAUUUAUGCUCAGAUUUGGAAUCCAGAUAUAGGACCAAUACUUUAUCUCCAGAAAAGGACAUUUAUGAAAUAUAUUCAUUUCAAUGGGAUAUAAUGGAAAGAAUUAAAAGCUAUAGCCUUCAGGGUUCUGUUUUUAGGAAUGAUUGGGAAUGCAAAAGCAAGAUUGAGGGGGAAAAGCAACAACAAGAGGAAUAUUUUGGGCAAGUGAAAAUUACCUCUGAAAAAAUGACCACUUACAAAAGGCACAAUUUUCUUACGGAGUAUCAGAUCGUUCAUAAUGGAGAAAAGGUGUAUGAGUGUAAGGAGUGUAGGAAGACCUUUAUUCGUCGCUCAACACUUAGUCAACACCUGAGAAUUCAUACUGGUGAGAAACCUUAUAAGUGUAAAGAAUGUGGGCAGGCCUUUAGACAGCGUGCACAUCUUAUUCGACAUCACAAACUUCACACUGGUGAGAAACCCUAUGAAUGUAAGGAGUGUGGGAAGGCCUUUACAGUGCUCCAAGAACUUACUCAACAUCAGAGACUUCAUACGGGUGAAAAGCCCUAUGAAUGUAAGGAAUGUGGAAAGGCCUUUAGAGUACAUCAGCAACUGGCUCGACAUCAGAGAAUUCACACUGGUGAGAAACCCUACGAAUGUAAGGACUGUGGAAAGACCUUUAGACAGUGUACACACCUUACACGCCAUCAGAGACUUCAUACUGCUGAAAAGCUCUAUGAAUGUAAGGAAUGUGGGAAAGCCUUCGUAUGUGGUCCAGACCUUAGAGUACAUCAGAAAAUUCAUUUUGGUGAGAAACCCUAUGAAUGUAAGGAAUGUGGGAAGGCUUUUAGAAUAUGCCAACAACUUACUGUUCAUCAGAGUAUUCAUACUGGUGAGAAACCCUACGAAUGUAAGGAAUGUGGGAAGACUUUUAGAUUAAGACAACAACUAGUUCGCCAUCAGAGAAUACAUACUCGUGAGAAACCCUAUGAAUGUAUGGAAUGUUGGAAGACCUUUAGUAGUUACUCACAGCUAAUUUCACACCAGAGCAUUCAUAUUGGUGAGAGACCCUAUGAAUGUGAAGAGUGUGGAAAGGCCUUUAGACUGCUUUCACAACUUACUCAGCAUCAAAGUAUUCACACUGGUGAGAAACCUUAUGAAUGUAAGGAAUGUAGAAAACCUUUUAGACUGCUCUCACAACUUACCCAACAUCAGAGUAUUCACACUGGUGAGAAACCUUAUGAAUGUAAGGAAUGUGGUAAGGCUUUUAGACUUUAUUCAUUUCUUACUCAACACCAGAGAAUUCAUACUGGUGAGAAACCCUACAAGUGUAAGGAGUGUAAAAAGGCCUUUAGACAGCAUUCACACCUUACUCAACAUCAGAAGAUUCAUAAUGGAAUUUAAUAGAAGAAAGCCUUCAAAUGUAUAUGAUGUUACAGAACAUCAGAAAAUUCAUUUUUGAGAAAAUGUGUUCCAUGCUUAAUUCCAAACAUAAUAAAUUUUAUAUUAGAGAAAGAAUAUGUUGAUUUAAAAGCCUUCCAACACCAUUUAAACAUGGUUUAUCUUCAGCAAAUUCCUAUGAGAAUAACGUAAUGAAUGUAGGAAAAUCUUUAGCCUUAUCUGUCAUUAUCUCCCUUUCUCCACUUUAUUACCAGUGUGAUUUAUUGGACAAGAUACUAAGCUUCUGUGCCUCAUUUUGCUGACUUGUAAAAUGGUAAUAAUAGUACUUAUAUGUAUUAGUUAUUUAUUGCUGUGUAAUAAAUUACCACAAACGUAGUAGCUUAAAAUAACAUAUAUUUAUAUCUUACAAUUUGGAUCAGAAGUAUAGGCAUGACUUAAUUGGGUCCUCUGCUUCAGGGUCUCUUGCAAGGCUACGGAUUUCAGCCAGGGCUGAGGUCUCAUCUGAAGGCUCAACUGGGGAAGGAUCCACAUCCAUACUAACACAGUUGUUACCCAAAUGUAUUUCCGUGAGGCCUGUUGCAUUGAGAUUCUCAGUUUCUAGCUGGCUGUUGGCUGAACGCUGACUGCAGUUCCUGGCCACAAUAGUCUCAUCAGCAUAGCUGCUUGCUUCAUCAAGGCAUGCAAGCCAAAAGCAGGGAGAGUCUGCUAGCAAGAUGGAAGUUACAAUCAUGUGUUAUCUAAUCAUGGAAGUAACAUUCCCUCACCUUCUACUGGUAGAAAUAAGUUACUAGGAUAGCCCACACUCAA